UCGCGCUACGGAUUAUCGCCGGAUAAGCUUCUCCUUAGGUAAGCUCUCCAAUUCUAUCGACAGCUGGCUUCUAGAAAGGCUGAAACUGUAAAUCGCCGCAUACGUACCUGGGUAAAUAACAAACCAACCGGCAUUCGAGAACAAUAGACGACGCGUAUAGCAUCAUCGUUAACUAACAGUUCGGGCUGACAACAUGUCUGCGCUCUUCAACUUCCAGUCCCUCCUCCUCGUCAUCCUCCUCCUUAUCUGCACAUGCGCCUACGUACACCAAAUCUUCCCAACGAUUCUCGACAGGAAUAAGCAGGGUUUCAUGGGCAUCUUCUGGAAGGCGGCGAGAAUAGGGGAGAGGCUAAGUCCAUAUAUGAGUCUAUGCUGUGUGUUCAUGGCGUGCUCGAUGGUUAUCGGCAAUUAGCGCAUCGGACGCACCCUUAAGUGCAUCGUAGAGGACGAAUGGAGUUUGGUUUGUUUUCAGGAACGGAGUAAAUGGCAACAUGGGGAUGGUGGCACGGUAAUGGCGAUAUCGUCGCGAAUAGACGAGUUUUACCUAUCAUCAUACAACAGAAAAACUUGAUUAUGCAUCCGCCGAAACAGUCACUAUCAUUGAUUCUGCUAUGGCAAGCGAGCAACAAACCUCGUCACAUUUUGCCGUCCCGUCAUCCUACACCAGUUGUUCAGCUCGUCACCAUCUGUAGAACAUCAGCUUGUUGCCUUCCUUUGUGAUCAAACGAUGUGUUAUCGUCGAUUCAGGCGCGGUGUACAAGCUUGGUUGCCGCUUCGUGGAACUCGGCCUCUACGCUCGUUCUGUUUAACCAAGUUGGUGGCGAGUGAAUUACGAAUAUGAUGAACCUCAAUAAAGCUGGCGGCAGUACUACGGCUAUUUCCUGGAAUUGAUUGGUGGCCUGUUGGCAAUGUCUACACCGUAGUUAUAAUAGUCUCAACGGCUAAACGGCAAUGAUGUUUUCGGCGAAGAUGUCUCAUUAUUUGAAUGGCAACUUUGCUGACAGAUGGCGAGUUCUUGAUAGGUGUUCCUAUAUUCCAUAUCACA